GAGAGCGCCCAGCCCACUCACAGCCCCGCGGCUCAGUACCUGCUCUCUCCGCUCCUGGGCUGCCCGAAGAGGAAGAGCUGGAUCUCAGAAGAUGAUUUCUACAGACCUUCCCCAGGGGAAAGCGGCGGGAGCACGGCCGACACCAACGGCUUUGGGCCAGAGGAGGAUGGCGAGGGGACAGCCCCAGGGCUCAUCAGUGCUCUCGACUUGGAGAGGCUGUCAGUGCCCUCCUCGGAGAGUGGGCAGCCCAAAACGUCCCCUGAGCGGGAGCAGAAAGGCUUCAGCGUGGUGCACCGCCGGCAGAUGGGUCUCUCCAACCCCUUCCGAGGGCUCCUGAAGCUGGGCAGCCUGGAGCGGAGAGGAGCCAUGGGGAUCUGGAAGGAGUUUUCCUGCGAGCUGUCCCCGCUGGAGCUCCGGCUCUUCCUGGACCACGAGGAUCGCAUCUGCGUCGAGACCUACUCCCUGCUGCGCUGCGAGUCGCUGGCGCUCACGCACUCCGACGGCCGCUUCGAGCUGGUGUUCCUGGGAAAGAAGCUCUCCCUGAGAGCUCCGUCCCGGGAUGAGGCCGAGGACUGGCUGGACAGGAUCCGUGAGGCGCUGCACAAGUGCCGGCCGCAGCUGGAGGACGAGUGGGAGACGCUGGAGUGUCCCGAGGACGGCGAAGCGCAGCCCGUCCAGGGCGACUCGGGCGCUGCCCAGCACACUGACAUCCCUGGGAGCAGCUUGGACUGGGCUCCAGUUCACGACCCCGAGCUGGAUGCAAUAAAAGAGGCUGUGCUGUACGUGGACGUGGACAAGACCUGGGUCCCUUUUAUUUUUUCCCUGUCUCUAGAAACUCUCAAGUGCUUUAAAAUCAAGAACAACGAUAAAAUUUUAAGCAACAGUUACGGCAUCGAAACCAUCCAGGACAUCCUUCCGGACACCAGCCUGGGGGGACCUGCCUUCUUCAAGGUGAUCACCUCCAAAGCUGUCCUGAAGCUGCAGGCUGAGAGUGCAGAGGAAGCAGCCUCGUGGAGGGAGCUGGUCCGAGAGGUGCUCAUGUCCUACCUGGAGAGUGCAGAGGAGGCUCUGACGCUGGGUGGCAGCUUGGACGGGCACUCCCAGGUCGUCCUGAAGAGCAUUGUGAAGGAAAACGGCUUCUUGUUGCAAUAUCUGGUGGCCAUCCCCAUGGAGAAGGGCCUGGACUCACAGAGCUUCAUCUGCGCAGGCUGCUCCAGGCAGAUUGGUUUCUCCUUCACCAAGCCCAAGCUCUGUGCCUUCUCCGGCCUCUACUACUGCGACAGCUGCCACCGGGAUGAGGAGACAGUGAUUCCCUCCCGCCUCAUCCACAACUGGGACCUGACAAAACGAGGGGUGUGCAAGCAGGCCCUGAAGUUCCUCACCCAGAUCCGUAACCAGCCGCUGAUCGACCUGAAGCUGGUCAACGGGAGCCUCUACGAGCACGUGGAGAGGAUGGGGCGGAUCCUGCGGAGCAGGGAGCAGCUGAAGCUGCUGGGGGAUUACCUCAUCAUGUGCCGCAGCGGCGCCCUGAAGGAGCUGAGCAAGAGGCUUGAUCACAGGCAUUACCUCUUGGAGUGUCCCCACAAAUACAGCGUUGCUGAUCUGAGGCAGAUAGCUGAUGGUGUCUUCGAGACCUUCCUGCAGUCUCUGAUCCAGUUCGCGUCCCACCACGUCUACAGCUGCGACCUGUGCACGCAGCGUGGCUUCAUCUGCCAGAUCUGCAACAGCAGUGACAUCAUCUUCCCCUUCGAGUUUGACACUACCACCAGGUGA